CGAAUUUUAUCUUCCGUUGUAUGUCCAUACCUCUAAAAGUCCAUCCUUGGGACAAGGGAAAGGACGGAAGGAGCGAGGGCUCGCCGGAACCUGACUGGAUCGGACCGGGAAGAAAACCAGGCACGCUUGAGGGUUGAUCGUCGCAGUUCUGUUGGAUCUUGUUGUUGUGGAUGGCGCUGCUGUUGUGCUGUUGUAACGUGCACAGAGCAACAACGGAAGCGGAAUCCAUUGUACAAACAAAAUGUCGCACAGGGUUCAGAAAAUAGAUUGUGACAAUAUGACAAUUUGGCCCUCGAACUCGUUCUGAGCAGUCAUGGUUAGGGGUGUGUUAAUAAAAUAGAAGUUAAUCUCCACACUAUGAUAAGGUAUUGAACCAUCAUGUGGAACAAUGUGAACCUUCUAUUGUGGUUGGCUCCAGUUUGUUCGGGAUGUGUUAGGAAACGAUGCCCCCUAGGGACGGUCAAGGCUCCGAGGGUCCUGGCCUCUCCCCAGCCCAUUGGGAUUGGAUUAGGAGCGUUUCGGAGAAUGAAUCCGGAUCAUUGGAGCAAACGGAAGACGCGGACAAGCUUUGGCCUCUGAUCCAGGAUGUGGAUGAAGGUCAAAUUGAUGAGGAACAUCUCCGAUGGAUUUUCAAGGCCUCGCGAAGGCUCCUAGGUCACCAAAAGAAUGUCUUGCUCCGGAAAGAGAAAGAGAGCAAGAAGAAAUCCCGAGAAAUGGAGAAACGCAUCAAACAACUCGAAAAACGAUCUGCGGGCGAAAUCGACGAGGACACGGCCUUGGAGGAUUUGAGACGCACAGAAGAGGAUUUGAGGAGUGCCGAGCGAGAGAUCCAAGAUUUGGAACGAACGGUGGGUUUGGAACGGGUGGAAAAAGAUGAUUUGGAGGCCAAGGUCAAACGGGUCAAGGAUGAGAAUCAGGAGCUGAAACGUGAAAUUGUUGGGCUCAAAGAGGCCGUGGGUUCCAUCAGUGCCGUCAACGAUUCUGAAGUGGACGAUAGAGAGGAUGCACAGCGGGCUAAAAUCCUCGAGGACGAGAUUCGAUUGAAGAACAAGCAUAUUCAUCAACUCAUCCAAGAUAUCGAAGAGACGGAGAAAGAGAUGGGAUUGUACCAGGACAAAGUGGUGGAGUUGAAGGAUCAAUUGACGAAUGCCACCAAGGAGAUUAAUGGAAUGGCCAAUGCCUACAAUCAAACUCAGGAGAUGGCCCAAGGGUUCAACGAUUUGGUGGAGAGUCUUCAAUCUGAAAAUAAUCGUCUGCGGACUUUGUUGGAAGAGUAUCAUGGAGAGAAGAAACAAUGGGAGAUGAAAGAAACCGAGAUCAAGGACGAGUUGGAGAAACGUGUGGAAGAGUCGAUGAAGAUUCUGGAAGAGAAAGAAGCCACCAUUGAGGAAUUGACUGCCAGAUUGAAUCAAAAGCAGGGCAAGCGACCAUCAGUGGAUUUUAAUGGCGAAGAAGAUCAACCGAAAAACGCUUCGAUUCUAUCCAGGGCUCUUUUGGAGCGUGAAGAGCAAAUCGAAAAGCUCAAGGACGAACUAAGCCGAGCUGCUGGGGACCUGGCCAUGAGCUCCGAGAUCAUCUCAAAGUUGAAAGGGCCAAAAGAUAAUCAGGUCGAUCCCUUGGAACAAAUGUUGUUACAAGUCCGGGGCGAAUUGCAUCAAGCUGAGGAGCGAAUUUCAGAACUCGUGGAAGAUGUCAAGGAUGCCCAAGAAACCGCCCAAGAUAAAACUGAAGAACUCAUGGACAUUGUGGCCAAAAUGAGAGCCUACGAAAGAGGCGAGUACGGACUAGAGCAAGCUUUGGAUGAGAUCAAGGCCUUUAAAAGACAACUCAAAUUGAGGGACAAGCAAAUACGGGAACUCACUCACAUGACCAAUGAGUUGCAACAUAAAUCCGGGCAAAUUAAUGAAGAAAAUCAAGACUUGCGUGAACAACUUGGACUCGGUCCACGGUCAUCGUCGUCAAAAACUGACGAGGAUGAUCAGGCCAAACCCUUGGAAUAUCGAGCUCCACCUUACAAAGCUCUCAUGCAGGUCAUGCAAAAAGACAUUGAAAGGCUCGAGGAGGAAAGAAUCCAAUUGAAAUGCGAGAACCGCAAGCUAGCCCGGCAAUUAGGCCACAAAGCCGCGGAUUUGAUGCUGGAUCCGGAUGACUUGAAAGCUGUACAAGAUUAUGCCACAGCUUUGAGGCAAAGACGAUUCGGUCUCGAGUCAAACUUGGAAGACGUUCUCAAGACUAGGCAAGAGGUAAUGGAUGCUCAACGAGACGUGGAUUCGUAUAAAGACAAGAUCAAUGGGUUGGAGCAUGAUGCCCUUGAAAUGCGUAACAAGUUCGAGAACCUCAUGGAGGAGAAUGACAACUUGAGACGAUCUCUCCAAGAGGUCUUGGAAUCCAUACGAACCCAAGACGCUCAAAGUGACGUGAAGAUUCAAUCCGAAUCUUUGGAGCAAGUCAUUGCCAUUUUGGAUGCCCGACACUUGUGGGGAAAUUACCAUCCAGCUAUGGGAUUGAAGGCAAAAAUCGAGCGAUUAGAGGGCAUGAACACGGAACUACGGGAUCAACUAAGGAAGGCCAGAAUCGAUGAAGACAAAGCAUUGAUCCAAGUUCAAAAGAUGACACUCUUGCAUGAUGAUAUGACGGAACGUCUGGAGCAAUUGGAAUCUAGAGGGGUUUGUCUACUGGAAGAUAUUGGUCAAAAAGCAUCCUUGGAAAGCCGUCGGAAAUCCAUUUCGGCCUUGUCUCCAACCGGUUCACUGUUUUCAGGAGGUGUUGCACCAGAAUUGGCUGGCAAACUCAAUAGCCAAUUGCUUCAAGUUUUGCAUCAACUGAACACUAAAGAAGAAUUGAUUAAAAGUCUGGAGGACGAUGUGGGAAAAAUAUCUCGACAAAUGGGCGUGGCCAAGCAUCAGAUGGGUCUAUUAUACGAGGAAUAUCAUGACAAGAAAACAGAAUGGGCCAAAGAACGAAAAGACCAAGCGAACAAAAUUGCUCUUCUUGAGGAGUCAUUAGAGAGCGCCAAAGUCAGGACGGAAGAAUAUGACCGUCAGCUCCAAGUUAUCAAAUUGGGUGGUCCAGAUUCUGUUUCAAAGAUGGCAGACACUGCUCGUAGCGUAAUACUGCUUAAAUCCAACGAAGCCAUCAUGAUUCGUCGAUACAAGGCCAUGGAGGAAAGCGAGGAUAUCCAUCGUAAAGAGUGCACUCGUCUACGUGAAGACAUGGUGAAGGCUGAAAAUGCCAUUAUUGAGCGAGUUGGCUUACUCCAAAGGUAUAAGGACAUGGCCUCGUUCAAGAUCGAAGCCCUUCAACGGCAGUUAGCCGAGUCCGUGCCUUCGGCACAUUUAGAUGCAGCCAAUCGAGAAUUUGCAGAUGUGACUGCCAAGUAUCGAGAUUUGUUGCAGAAGCAAAAAGAUCAAACGAUGCAUGAGAGGCAUAAUCAAGAGCUGCAAUUGAAAAUUUCUCACCUGAUCUCCGACAAAGAACGGUUUGGGCAAGAGCUUCAAUCUACAAAAGAAAAGAUUCUCUCACUGGAUUCGGUGGUCAAAACGUUAUCCUGCGAAGGAAAUCCACAAGGUAUUGAGCACCAAAUUGAGAGCUUGAGCAACCAACUUGUUACCUUGGAAAUGAAGGAGAUGAAUGAAAGGCAAAAGGCACAACAUGCUGAUGCUCAAAUGAAGCUGGCCAAAAGCCAGGCUCAUGAAUUGGAAAAACGAUUGGAGAUGGUAGAAGCCAAGUUCUCUGAGGUUACAAGAUCCAAUAUGGAACUCCAGAGAACUGAACGAGAGUUGCGAGAUCAAAUCGUCACCAGUAUCCCAGUGGACCAAUUUAAUCAGCUUAAAAAAAAGACGGAGUCGUUAGAGGCCUCGGAAAAUGAAUUGAAGAUUGAGAGGGACAAAUUGCGGGAGGUCGCCGAAAUUGCCCGAAAUCAAAUCCAGCUUUUUGAAACGAAGAAAAUUGGAGAAAAUUUGGAACUGGAGGCGCUAAGGCAUGAAGUUAUCGAUCUUCAGACUCAAACCGACGAGAAAGUUCUCAUUGGGAAGCUUCACCGCCAGAUAAUUGCUCUUCAAAUGAAAGAAAACGAGUUCCUCUUGAGAAAUAAGACCUUGGAGGGCAAAAUUUCACGAUUAGAAAGUCAAUUAUUUCGCCUAAAUAAGAGGGCAGAUGAGAAAGAAGACCUCGCCAUUCAAGUCCGAUCUCAAGCUCAAAUUAGAGCCAAAACUUUGUGUAAGGUAAUCCAGGAUCUUCGGAGACAAUUCAGUGGUAGUAUUCCCUUGUCCAAGCAAGAGAAAAUCACGAAAAUCAUCUUGGAAAUGAACGAAGAAAAGACCAAACUUCACUCUCUACUGAAAUCGGCCGAAAACAAGGCCAAUGAGGCAGAAAUAACAGCAGAGGAACUCAAUGUGAAACUAGAGGGCGUUGAUGAGCUACUUGCCACUUUGAAACGAGGCGCCAAAACCAACCAAAUCCUUGAUUGGAAGCAGAGAAUGGAAGAAUUGCGGCUCCGUGAUUUGCGAUCCAGAAGAUGUGCUGAUCAAUGGAAAGAAGAAGUAGAGUUUCUGGCAAAUACCAAUCGCAGCCAAUCCAUCAAAAUCGAACAAAUGGAAGAAGAAAUUGUGCGCUUAGAGAAUCAAAUGGAGCAACGGCAGUUGGACUGGGAGUCCCAAGAAGUGGAACUUGAAGCCCUAGAUAAUGCGUUUGACACCAAGAACCGCAGACAAUCCAUCGUGGAUGGCGCUGAUUCUAACGGCACACCCAAUCCAGACCUACCCUUAGCAAAACAACUGGAACACUCCAUGAGUUCCAUGAGACGAUACCAACAAGUGGUGGAGGAUUAUAAAGGGAAAUUGGGAGAGUCUCGAAAAACCGUCGAGGAGGUGCAAAGAAAACUCAGAGAUACUGAGUCGCAAGUGAACGCCAAAGAUCGCAUCAUCAACGAUCUGCGGCUACAAGUACCCGCUUCAGUAGACCGAGCUUUGGCGGUCGCGUCAGUUUCUGGAUCCUCGGGAUUGAGUAAUUCACUGAACCAAGACUACGAAUCUAAGCAAGCGCUAAAUAUAGCUCAAUCAAUUGUGACCAGUUUACGAGCUCGUUUGGAGCAAAAAGAAGAGACUCUUACCCGAUAUGAAAAUCUCUUGAAACAGACCCGUGAAGACUCUGCGUCAGACUUGAAGCGGAGAUUAGGUGAGAUCACCACACUUCAGAUCUCGAUCCGAAAUCAGACGCAAGCUUUCAAUGAGCUCAAGAAGGCUUCAAUGCUCAAUGCCUCUUUGAGUGUCAAUCAGCCUUCUUCAUCAGUGAUUGGUCAACAAUCAAGUCGAAUCAAUGAACUGGAAGAUGAGAUCAAAGAACUGCAAGCUUCCCUAACAGAUCUGGCCAAUCAAUUGGUGAGUGCUCGAAGUGAUGGAGAUAAGCACCAACGCAUCGCCAAUACGAGGCUGAAGGAAUUAGAAGAGAUGAAGGAAAACGCCGCAAUUGAGAAACAAAUGUUAAAGCAUUCCGCCAAACAAGAUGCUGACCAAUUGAGGAGUGAGUUGAAUGUGUUCAAACAGGAAAACCUUAUGCUGAAGGAUGACAUUUCCAAUUUAAAAGAGGCUCAAGCCAAGGCACCUUCUGCUAUAAUGAAGUCUCUGGUGGAGAAAUUGCGAAAUGAUCUGGCCGAAAAAGAAAAGAAGCAAAAGUCCAUGGCUCGAGCCAUCACGGAUUUGAAGCAAGAACUCCUAGAUGCUGCUGGUGAAGGUCCGUCAUCUUUAAGUGACCGCUCCAAAGCCCCAGAAAAUACUGAGAUCUAUCUUUUGAAAAAGAAGUUGGACGAAUUCACAAUCAAAAAUGAGAAAAUGCACAAGCAGAUCUCUGAAAUGAGAAGCAAAGAGACAUCCCUUCAAAACCAAAUCAAGGUCCUGAAAGAGGAAUUGGCCAGGAAGUCCACUGCCUUACAGAAACUUAAGGAAGCCAAAGGUAGUGAUGGGGGUGGUCCGGGUAAAGUAAGAUUCAAGUCUCCAGAGAAAGAAAGUGAGGAACUUCGUUUGAAGAUUCGCUCCUUAGAAGACCGUUUGAAGGCCAUGAACCAAGCUGAAAAGCCCCUAGAAGAUGCUAAAGGUGACGAUCGCGCUCUGAAAAACAUUGAAGAAGUGACUCGAUGGGACGAGAGGAAGAAAUGGGAACACAAAGUGGAGCAAGUCAAGAAGAAACUGGCAGUAUCUGAGGACGAGUUAUCAAAACUUAACAAGGCCAAUAGUUCUCUGAAAGAAAUCAUCUCCAGAUUGGAGCGGGAGAAAUUGACUUUGGAGAGCAAGGCCAAAGCUGCAGCCAAGGCCAGUCCAGACAAAUCGAAGCUGAGUCUUUUGGAGAAAGAAAAUCAGACCUUGAAAGAAAAAAUCACCAAGUUGAAGCAUCAAGAACUGAUGAAUGAACAACAAGGGCUUGAAACCAUGAAGCUGAGGAACAAAUUCUUACAAGAACGUAUUGAAUCCCAAGAACGCAAAAUCAGUGCUUUAGCAUUGACUAAAAAAGCCGGUGGGUCUUCAGCUGUUCUGAUGAAGGAAAUCGAAAAAAUCCAAGACCGAGAAAAAGAGUGUCAAAAACAAAGACUGAAGUUGGAAGAAGACAAUCUAAAGAUGAAGCUGAAACUGGAGGAGUUAAGUACGCCAAGGUUACGCGAGGCCAAGGAGAAGCUUGCGACUCUUUUACUUCAACAAUCCGAGCAUAAAGAGGUCAAGGAACCAUUGGAGCAGAUCCGAGACUUACUCGGCAGUGCUCAAGUGAAGGAGGAUAAGAAAAUUGUCAAGAACCAAAACACGAAAGAGAUGAAAGCCCUGCUUGGCGAGGUUGAAAAAUUGAAAGCCAUCAACGAACAACUAUUGGGCAAGAUCACAGAGAGGGAUGAAAAAAUUGGCAUUUUACAAAACUCCCAGAAGCACCCUCCUCAGAAGCUAGAAGUUGUCAAGGAUGAGGAUAAACUCAUUAACAUGGAAUAUGUUCGUCAAAUAGAAGCAGACCUGAAGAGGAAAUCUGACCUCCUGAGUGAGGUGAAGGUGUUAUUGAAAAAUGCGGCUGACCGUGAAAGAAGGCAACUUUCAGAUUUGGAGAAUCUCAAACUAAGAAUGAAGCUCAUCCUUGAAACAGAUCCCAAAACACCAAGCGAAAUCCUGGCCAAAGAGCUCCGACAGACGCGUCUCACAGUUGAUCGACUUCAAUGUGAAAAGAGAGAGUUGGAACAUCAACUCCAAAGUUCAAAAUCCACUUAGCUGGUAGCUCUUUUCUGUUACUAAAGUGCCUUAUGUGUACAAUAUACUUAAUUACCUACA